AUGCCAUACCCUCGAGCUUCAGUCUCCAAAUUGAAAACCACCCGCUCCAAGCGCAAAAGCCACACUGUAUCUAGAUCAAUCGUGUCGAAGACCAGGUCAACAAGGUCCAAAAUCACUCGGAAUCCAACCUCACAAUCCCGACGCCGAGAAGUGUUGACCGCGGAAGAAAUGGCUCUUGAUGACGAAGAAAAUGAGUUUGGCGCAAAUGAUCUCAUUAACUUACAAACCAAAACCCAAUUACACCCCCUCUACAUCGCAGGCAACAACCAAGAUCAGGACGAGGAAAUCGAUGACAAGGAUGAUGAUACAGACACCGAAAUUGAUACGGAAUCCAUCAUGGCUCGGCUGGCGAGGCAAUUCUCACCGGAGCAAGAAGGUUCUGGGGAAGUCCCAGAUGCUACUUUAACCAACCCCCGACUCCCUCUGCGUUCUUCAAUCCUUCAAACGGCGGAUGAUGCUGAAACGGUCCUACCUACUGGAACCUACACCCAACGACCUGAGCGUUCAUCAAACGUUCGACCGGAGGACGAUGCUGAAACGGUCCUACCUACCGUUGACAACUAUAAACAGCUAGUUGAUGAGUGGCCUCCAGCGCGUAUAGCUGUGCAAGACCGAUUGCAAAAGAAGAAGCGGGCGGCGGUUCCUCCUAAAAUUUUAACUGAAGCUCGUGCGAUUCAAAACCUUUACAAGCAACAUAAGUCGCUGCUUGCAAUCAUGGGCAAUUUCAGUACUUUUACGUUGAACAAAGCAUUGGGGGAACUUGGAGGUCGCCGACGACCAAGCGGUUAUCAAAUCUGGUUGAAGUUCGGCAAAGAGAUUGAAAAACACCAAAAGCGAAUGCCACGUAAGUGGGGGCAGAAAGGUGUCUUAGCUUCUCGCAAUAAGAUACUUGGCAAGAUAUGGAGCGGACUUCCUUAUGAACAUAAAGAGGUAUUUUCCCCUCCUGUUUUUCAUGCUCUAUCUGGACUGCAUUAUUUGCAACAUGGCAAGAAACUCGAACCCGAUGAAGAUGAAAAAACGGAUGCAAUUGAGUUUGAGCCUGGGGAGCGUGAAAUGUUACAGGCUUUGUAUGAUCAGUUAGUUUGGAAGGAAAAAUUUGCUAAAGAAUAUUCAAAGGCUACAAAAGGUGUCGCCUCCGGUCCCUCUUUGCCUGAUUACAACCGUCAGUCCCUUAAAAGUAUUGAACGUCUUCAAAAUCAGAUCGAGGAUGAGUCAAACAACAUGGGCUUUGACUACUACCUGCUAGCAUGUAGCAAACACAGUUCGACCGAAGUUUCCUCAUCUUCAAGAGGCUGGUGUAGAGAGUAUACAUCAAUAGAAGAGAUGGAGAAAUAUGUGAAUAAGAAGUCUAAUUUUGCUACAAUGUUUGCAGCAAGGGCUCAAGGGCUUUCUGUUGGGGAAAUCGUAGCUGAAACCAUUGGGGGCAAUGGUAUCACAAAGGAGAAGGCCCGAAAAACUGAUCCGGGUGAUAAAGUGAAGUCCGAUCUUGCUCUUGCGUUGCGAUCCCGUAUGAAGGCUUUGCUUGGAUUUGAGGUCGGUUUUCCACGAGGACCGGAUCCGGAAUCCAUCUUACUCGACAAAUACAAUAUCAAAAUUAUCCAGAUGCAUGCUUGUAAAUUGCCACAUGAGACUUUGAAGCUAGGAUUCAACGCUAUGAACAGUCGCAGAUCUUUGUGGCUGGAUGAUGUUAAGGCUAAUCUUUUCAAGUUAGAAAAGUUUGACACCGGUCAUGAGCAAAAUGAUGAUGAUAACAGAAUGGAUUUAGAUGAAGAGGUCACUAACACCCAAGACUUAGCUAUUGAUGACGAAGUGGAUGAAGAUGAGGAAUGGACUGGAUUGGGGGAUAUGGAAUGA